AGAAAACAAAAAGGAUAUUCCAACAAUUACCCUCGAAUAUUCUCUCCUUACGCUUAUAUUCCCCCCAUCCCCUCCUCUCCUCUCCUCCUCCUCCUCCUCUUCCACCACCCUUACCUUACUUUCUUGCAUUUUCUCUCACUUUCCUUCUCUUUCCCGGAAAGUUUUAAUCUUUCCUUUUUUUUAUUCGAAUUUUGUUUUUGACACCAAAAAGAGGUUGUUUCUUUUUUUCUUUUUUUCCUUUUUUGUCUUUUUGAGAAGAAGAUGAAGUUCGGGAAGAGCCUGAGCAAUCAGAUCGAGGAGACCCUGCCGGAAUGGCGGGACAAGUUUUUGUCCUACAAGGAGCUGAAGAAGAGGCUGAAGCUUAUUGAACCUAAGAGUGGCGGCGGCGGCAGCGACGGCGGCGAUAGGCCAACGAAGCGUCCGAGGGUGGUUGACGCCUCCGGCGAUGCUUCGGAAACAGGUGAUAAAGAAGGUAUGUCCGAAGAGGAGAUCGAUUUCAUUCGGUUGUUGGAGGACGAGCUCGAGAAAUUCAACUCCUUCUUCGUUGAAAAGGAGGAAGAAUACAUUAUCAGAUUGAAGGAAUUGCAAGAUAGGGUUGCAAAGGCGAAGGAUUAUGAUGAAGAGAUGAUUAAGAUACGAAAGGAAAUUGUGGACUUCCAUGGAGAGAUGGUUCUUUUGGAGAAUUACAGCGCCCUCAACUAUACUGGGCUAGUAAAAAUACUGAAGAAGUAUGACAAGAGAACCGGUGCUCUCAUUCGCUUGCCCUUCAUCAGGAAGGUCUUGCAACAGCCUUUCUUCACAACUGACUUGCUCUACAAGCUCGUGAAGGAGUGCGAGACGAUGCUGGACCAGCUCUUCCCCAUGAAUGAACAGCCACCUUCUACCAGGGCAACUGCAGCGGAUGAAGGGUCUUAUCCUACAUCUUCUGAACUUGCAGAGAUUGAGCAUAUGGAGAGUCUAUAUAUGAAGAGUACUAUUUCUGCAUUACGGGUUCUCAAGGAAAUUCGGAGUAAAAGCUCAACUGUCAGUGUUUUCUCGUUGCCGCCUCUGCAAAUAAGUGGGCUGGAGGAUGCAUGGAAAAAAGUCCCUGUUCUGGAACAAGUAGCAAAGUAGUUUUGUUUUUGAGCCAAGGAGUAUAUGGGACAAGUUUUGUCCUUUUUAUUUUGUUUAUUUUUUCUCUUUUACCUUUAUAUAUGUGUCAUGCAUCUACUAUGCAUGCCUUAGAUACUAACAUGCACAGAUGUAAAAAUGCAAAAUUAGUCGGAAUGAAUUUAGUAGAAAGAAUUACAACUAUUGUAUAAUAAAAUCUUUGGCAUAAUAGAAAUCAUACUGUUUUCCUGAAA